GGCGCUAUCUCUGAUAUUUGAAGGUCAAACUUAAGGAUAAUGAACUUUCGCUAGUGUGUGUUGUCUGUGCCAAGAUCGAGACUAAAGGAAUGAUAAGGUCGGAAGUUUCUUGCGACAAUAACCAUUUAAUUUACGGGGAGGAAUCUUGUUUCGGUUUACUCUCACUCAACCUACCUAGUACCAAUCUAAGUAAAAAUCAUCAAGACCAUUCUCCUCGUCCUUCCCUUAAAUCCUUUGGAAGUGAAGUACGUUGUUCAAUCGAUGAAUUAGAUGCUGUAAUUGCCACAUAUGAUGUUGAUGAUCAGAUUGAAUCCAGGAGACAACAGUUAUUACCUUCUUUUUCUUCAUCAGAACAUUUAAAUUAUUCAACGUUCACCAAUUCUCCAUCUUUAUCAAAUCAGUUGUCUUCUUUGAAUACAUCUAAUGAUUUAUCAUCUUUUAUGAAUCAGUCGAAAUCAAAAAUAACCGCAAUAACAAAUAUGAAUUACAUAACACCUGUCACACAUAGUGGUGUUAAUUAUCAUCAUAAUACUAACAGUAUCAAUGAUAUAAAUGCGAUAAGAAAAUAUCAUUAUGAAAAUCAAUCACAGGUGAAUAAUCAAUAUGGUCAAUUAGAUUUCAACACUUCUUCUUAUUCACCAUCAUCAUCAUCUACCUUUACAAAUUGCUGUACUCAAAUUGAACCUUCAUUUCCAUUGCCUCCACCUGAUGCAUUUGCUUCAGAGGAUUUCCCGCUUCCACCAUCACCGCCGCCGCCGCCUCUACUAUCAACACUGACAGCAGAGGAAACAACAGGGUCAGCCAGACCAGUAACAACCCAUUCCUCAUCAACUACAUUUUUACCUCUUACUACCAAUUCGACAUUAACAACACUGGAUGGAGGUAAACAUCUACAGAGCUUUUCUUCUACUAAUGGGUAUUCAAAGUGUCAGUCGUUUGAUCCUAAAUGUCAAGUAAAAUCAACUAUCAACUCAUAUAAUACAAAUAAUGGACAUCACAAACAACAAUUUCAUCAUAAUACGCCUACAACAAAUUCACGAAAACCAUCAAUUCCUCAAAGAGCUCCAUCCACUCGACUAACAAGUUUACCGAGUUGGCCUAAACACCAUGACAUGGAGAUACCUACUUCUGACACUAUGAUAACAUCGAAUACCAUGGUCACUGAAAAUAACGGAAUAGAUAAUUUGAAAACGGAACAUUCAGUGGAAUCAUCAAAGGAGAAUAAUAACAAUAAUAAUAAUACUCACUCAAUUGAAUGCACUACCUUACCAGUACAAGAUAUAAUACGUAAAUUUGGCAGUCUACUUAUGAGUAAUGCAAAAAUAUCAAACCAAUGCAAUACAACUUCUAAUGUACAGAAUACUUUAUCAUCUACAAUACGACCUAAUUCAAUCAAUGACUGUACACCUAAUAAUAAUAGUAAUACUAAUAGUAUAAAAAAGUCAAUUACUCACAAGUACUAUCAACCAACACCAUCUUCUAAUUUACAAUAUUCACCGAAUACUACUAGUCUAGCUACACCAAUUACUUUUGUAUCACCAAAUAAUGGAAUACAAGAAGUUGUCAUGUCAACUACAUCGUCAUCAUCUUCAUCAUCAUCACCACCAUUGUUAAAUAGAAUUACAAAUCAAAGUAGUUCAUCCGAUAUGAAUCAUUCCUAUCAGAUAAUGAAUAGUUCAUCAGGGAAAUUAUCAAAAGGGAAUUAUUGUAUAAACAAUAAUACAUCAUCUAAUUUACCUUAUUCCUAUUCGUCUAAUUCUACUAAUGUUACCAUUACUACUACCCCUACUAUUGUAUCCAAUCAUCAUAAAUUCUUUAUUGAUCCAUUAUAUGUGAAUGGAAAGUUUGGAAAUGAUAAAUGUUCUUUAUCAAGUAACUCAUCAUAUCAGUCUAUUACAUCGACAACUCUCCCAGAGGAAUGUUAUCAAACAAAUUCUUCAUGUACAACAUUCAAUUCUUUUGGGAAUACACCUAAUGGAUUAUCAAAACUACAAAAUCGUAUUAAUUCUUCACAUUGUACUAAUAUUAAUGAUGUAAACAAUUCCAUAAAUCAUCAUGUUCCCAAUCAACAAUCACAACAUCAUCAACCAUUGAAUUCAAAUGUUCAUCAUCAUAGUAGUACUUUGUUACAACCACGUUCAUCUUCUGAUUCUUCAUCGAAUUCAUCUUUCAUUCAUGUACAAUCCAUGAAUUUGGAUCCACAAACACUGGCUAUAUUUAAUCAAUUCAAUAUUGUUGAUGCUAAUCAAAUCCCAGGUUAUCAUCCUAUUUCAUCUGGUUUACCUGAUUGGAAAGUUCAUCGAUUAGAGAGAAAAAAUCGUGAUGCAGCUAAUGUUUAUGCAGAUGAAUUAAAGAAAUGGGGUCUUGUACCGCAUUGGAAACGUGAAUUAAUUGAAAAGAAACAAUUGAAUAAAAUGGAAACCCAUCCUCAUCAGCCUCAGCAACAACAACAACAACAACAUUUAAAUCAUUCUAUAUCAAAUUCUAAUAAACAAACCAUAGCAACAAAUGAAUUAGCUGAAAAACUUCAACGUCGUUUAGAUAAAGUUUCUAAAGGAAUCAUUGAAUAAUUUAAUUAUUGAUUUUUUUUCUCUCUAGUUUGUUGCUAAGACAUUUGAUUAUUACUCUUCAAUUCUUUUUUUGGCCUUGAUUAGAUUUGUAGGUUUUAUAUUGUGAUGCCUUUUAUUAAGAAUUCAGGUAAUUGUGUAUUAUUAUUAUUGCUAUUAAUAACGUGUAUACCUGUUAUAAUUACUGGCAAUAACUAUACUAUUGUGAUGUGAUAUGUAUGCUACUGAUGUCAGUAGAAAUAAGUAGUAUGUAUGAGAAAUCAAAGGUGGAAUAAGUGACGGCAAUUACUUACUUACUUACUUAUGCCUGUUACCCCUUGUGGAGGAGCAUAGGCCGUCUACCAGCAUUCUCUAUCCGACUCAGUCAUGGGCAAUCUUUUUCAGUUUUUAUUUUAUCCUUUUUAUAUCUGCUAUUAUUUCCUGGCGCGGUGACGGCAAUAAGUUGAUACAAUCGAAGAGAAUGAGAACAAAAAAACAACAACGAAGGAACAAUGAAAUCUGAGACAAUAUUUUGUCAAUGAAGUACUUACUGUAUGAUUCUCAGGUUUUCACUUAGGUGUUCUGUAAUUUUUUCUAUUCAAAACUACAUUUGAUUGUCCCCUACUACUUGUGUUCUUGUUUAAUACACUAUUCAUGUUUUUUUUUGUAACUCCUUCAUAAUCAAGAUAAUUUAUAGUGUAUAGUUGAUGUUCCCUUUUGUUUGGUAUUACACAAUAAUAGCCUUAAUGAUAUUGACCAGUUUUCUUUUUUUCUUAUUGGACCAAUCUUAUUUAUUGUGGGUUUGUUCUCUAAUCUGGAUGGUUUAGUGAUGGAGCUUUCAUCGUCCUUCUGAACACGAUAUCAUCAGCAUAAACUUCGGGUAGAAGUGAAGUGUUUGAAUUUCUUCACAUGUGAUUCACAGCCUAUCCUGUGCACCUCGAUGUUGAUUGAUUCUUAUUGACCUAAAAUCUGUCAUUAUUUAUUUCUUUGUUUUGGUUAUAUUCUCCCGAAUUUUGUGCUGAUGAUGUCUUUCAGAAGGACGAUGAAAGCUCUAUGACCAAACCAUCCAUCUCAGAGAACAAACCUACAUCAAAAUCACCCCCUCCUGAGCUACAAAUCUUUUCUACCAUCUCAAUCUUGUUUGUAUUCUAUUCACUUAAUGGAACUAUUGAGUAAUCAUAUCAAGAAAAUUGUGUUUCCUUUUUCUAGACUAUACUAUUACUUCUAUUCAUAAUGAUGAUAAUGACAAUCAUUUUAAUAAUUAAAGAAUUUUCACUUCUUUCAUGACGUUGUAUCUUUCAAAUACCAAUCCCAAAUUUAUUUGAUUUUUCUCUAAUGACUGUAAUAUUCUUUAAAGUUUUAUAAUACAAAUUGAUUUUG